AGGACCCAGAGUGAGAUGAACUGAGAGAAUUAAAAAAGGAGAAGAUGAGAAUGAAUGAAGCACAAAGAAUAUAGAAAACGAGACAGACGGGGACAACAAUAAAAAAGGUUAAGUUAGCAAACACUUUGCACCUGAAGGGUUACUUCUUGAAAUACAAAGGAAAGAGAAGUGAACGCUGUAUGAGAAUUAACAACUCCAAAAGGACAAACAACCUACAGCUGAGAGAAAAAAGGAUUAUCCCCUGGUGGAGAAAGUGGACGAGCCUGCACCUCUGCACUUUGUCAUGAUUUUACUCAGUUCUCUCAGUUUGCUUCCUCUGCUGUCGCUGUAUGUGGGCGCCUUGAUGUCCUCAGAAGCUUCUCCAGCCUGCACACACCCUCCCUGCAGGGACAGGCUGGUGGCUGCUCCCCUCCAGCCCGGGACAGGAGCAGGUAGCGGGGCCUGUGAGGGUCAAACUGGGUCAACAGCCUGCAAGAUGGGGGUUUCACUACCAGCCGUCUCAGAUGUUUCUCAGAAGGUGGAGGUUCAGCCUAAGCAUACUGCUAAAACAAAUGUGGAUGUUCAACAAAAAAAAAUAAAGACUGGAGGUGUGAAAGAGCGUCUCGUUCAGCUGCAGCGCUGCAUGCGCUCUGUCCAGGAAACAGGGGGCCCCUGGAGCCAUGGGGGCCAGGAGAGCAACUCUCUUGGAGCCAUCCUGGCACUGAUGGCAGGUGUCCUGACAGAAUGUGACCUCCACUGUCACAGCCAGGCCCUUGGGGCGAUGGCCAAACGACUGGAGAGUGCAGCCGUGGGAAGAGAGGGGGAGAGAGACCUGCUGCUUUUCCUUAAGAGCAUCACACAGUAUCCACCCACAGUUGCCCCCUUGGAGAGGUUACAUCCUCGGGACUGUGCAGAGAUUUACAGGCUUGGCAUCAAAGAGAAUGGAAUCUACACCAUCCAGCCUGACCUGCACAAGCCGGCAUUGGAGGCUAAAUGUGACAUGGAGCUGGCGGGGGGCGGGUGGACGGUGAUCCAGAAUCGGCGGGAUGGCUCACUGGACUUCAACAAGACAUGGCAGGAAUACCGGGAGGGCUUUGGUGGUCUGCAGGGAGAGCACUGGCUGGGGAAUGCAGCACUGCACGCCCUCACAUCCACUGGCCAGCACCAACUCCGUAUCGAGCUGGAGGACUGGCACCAUCAGAAACGCCAAGCUACAUACAACCAGUUCAAAGUGGCCUCAGAGGCACAGAGGUAUCGUCUAACAGCGCGGGAGUACUCUGGUGAUGCAGGCAAUGCUUUGAGCUACAGUAAACAUUACAACCAUGAUGGAAGACCCUUCAGCACGGCUGACCGAGACCAUGACCGCUACGUAGCUGGGAACUGUGGUCAGUACUACGGUGCAGGGUGGUGGUUUGAUGCCUGCCUGGCAGCUAACCUGAACGGACGCUACUACCGUGGACGCUACAGUGGGGUGACCAACGGGAUCUACUGGGGGACAUGGUACAUCCUGACAGACGGACGAAGUGGAGAACGCUACUCAUUCAAGAGGGUGGAGAUGAAGACGAGACCCAGGAACUUUGUAGGAACAUCUUAAAUGGUGACAAUUCUCACAGAUAAGAAUGUCAACCAGUUUUCUUUAAGUCAGUGUGGACUUCACUUUACUUAGAGCAGCUUUCAAGUCACUUACCAGUUCCAUGCAGAUGGCAGCUAAUAGAUUCAAUACAAAAUAUAGGCCUACAAGAAAUAAUGUUUUAACAUUCACUAGCAGAUAAGCUAAAUACAUAUUAUAAUAUUAUUUGGUUUGUUAAGUGGCUUCUCUCUCGCGACAGCACCUUUCUAGCAUUAGUUCAGUGAUACAAAGAAUUGAAUAGUGAAAAUACUGCCUGUAGAAGAUGUUAUUGUAAUAA